CUACGAUUAGUAUUCUGUCAUGUGGUUACGGGAAUUUCCAACUGUUUACUAACGUCAUGGACAUUGUCCAUUACUAAGACAGUUAUGAUGCUCGCAACAUUGAGAAAAAUGCAAAGAAUAUUUCAUCUUCUGGCGAUCAACUGCUGUUUAUGACUCCUAAUUUUCUUCCCCAAAAUAGAGUGUCAAAAAGAACACAGUUUCCAGGUUUUGUGGAUGAUAAAGAAAUGUGUGAGUCCGUGAAAAUGCCCAAACUGCCAUUUUCGAUUAAAUGGUCUGAUCCGCCAUCCAAAUAUAUAAAAGGCUCUUAAACAAGUAACAUAAUCUAGGCCCAUCUAAAAAAGAAUUUCGUUGCUCUGAGGAUUACAAGAAGCAUGAAACCCUUCAGAAAAAUGAUGUGAUUCUUAAAAAAAAGAUCUGCAACGCGCACCCAUAAGGGACUCGAAAACAGAAGUUUCACUCUCAUCAAAGGAUAACGCUCCAAAGUCUGCAGGAUGCGAUCAGUCGCAAUCUCCAAAAAAUGGGAAUCCCAGAUCCCGUGAAUCAAGACACAAUUCUUACCUGGCAAAAAGAUUGGAUAAAUCUCAAGAUAGUGAGUCAAGUUUCGACAAUUCAGCUUUUCAGGAUUCUGGUUAUUUUGGCGAGGGCAAAAGUCACUCUGAAAUCGAGAAGCAUGAUGGAAACUUUAAAGAAAAGAGGAGGCAAUAAGGAUAAAAGAGGCUGCGAGGUUUGCGCUUCUUCGACCGGAAGAUCGCUGCAUGCGGGAAGGAAAGUGAAGGUUAGGAAUACAACGACGCGAAAAACGAGCGUUGGUGCAAUUUUGGGGACGAACAUUAAGGACACAGUAACUCAGAAAAAGGUCGAAGCAGCCAUUGGCAAUUUUCUGCGAAGGUCUGGAGAUCGAACGCGGUAUAAUACCACUAAGUCGGUUAAAGCUCUGCUGCAGCUAUAGAAGUCUCAUGUCAACAGCAUCACGCAUUUGAACUGCUGGUAUACACGCAUCGAACAGCACGAGCUUGUUUGUGUUGGUUUACUCUAGUCCCGAAUCCACAGAAUGAAUGUUGUCUGCAUACUGGUACGUCGGGCGUUCGCUAGACGGGUUAAGCUGGUACCAGAAGAAUUGAAUAACCGUAGUGCAUUGGUUUUUGGGUAUCUGGUGUCUCUCUCGACCCGGAUUUUUGUCCGUGUGGACAUUUGAGCAAGCAUCGAAGACAUUAAACAAAAAAAUAACGUCAAAAUAUUGAGUUUCCCAAACAAAAGAAUGACUAGUUUUUGCUCAAAUAGUGCUGAGUGAAAAAA